GGCUUUGUCGAAUAGGAUGAGCGGCAAACAGCAAAGCUGAGUACUGGACUCCGCCCCCAGAAAACAAGCCAAUUCACGAGCAUUGAUGCGCAGUACCCCACUGCGCAGGAGCGCUGAUCUACAACGCACUUGAAUAAGAAAAGAACGCUGAUUAGCAACAUUACCAUGACUUAGAAAUCUGCGGUGCCACAUUCACUCGGACACCCAGCGCUGUUCUGAGUAGGAAACAAUACAACCGCGUGCUUUCUGCAAAAAAUACUAAAUUUUACCCCUAGUAUGCAUAGUUUAUAGUGAGGAGUUCUUAAGGUCUGCUGCACUUCGCGCAUUCGUGGGAUGAUUUGUGCAAUGUGAUGAAAACAGGAUUGGCGCCUUUUCGAUGCUCGCACGCGCAGCCGCUGUGUCCAACCGAAAGUAUAUAACGGGGUUCGAUUACAUACAGGAGGAUGGUGGCGGAGAUGGCGAGCUGCGGAGCUGCUUCUCACCUGGAAAAUGGAUAACCUGUCAGAAAGUGACAGCAGCAGUUCAGACAACCCCGGUACGAGCACUGACGACAGCGCAGAGGAAGACGAGGAGGAGGAAGAGGAGGAGGGUUUUGGUUGUGAAGAUGUAAAUGGAGAAGAAACAGAAAACCAACAGGCCAAUGCAGAGGAGUCUGGAAGCAGUGAGUUACACGGAGCAGCAGGUGUUCUUCACACAGAGGCUCUGAAUGGGAAAGAGGCCAGCUACAAAUUAUACUGUGAAAAAUGUAAAGCCAUCCAGAAGACCCGUGGAAGCGAGCUUGUUACCCCCCGCCGGUUGUCAAGGGGACGGCUGCAGGUGCAGCUGGAAGCAGACGUCUCGUGCGAGUGCUCCGUCACCGGCCUGGUUUUUGAAGCAACCGAGCGGGUUCUGGUGCAAUACUCCAUCUUGUCGUGGUCGAAGUUCGCUGGGUUCCUGGAGAAUUCCUGGAAAUUUGCCGGACCCAUCUUCAAUGUGGAAACUGUGAAUAAAAGCGCGAGUGUGCUCAAGUCCAUCCAGUUCCCUCACUGCGUUUGCCUGGCUCAUCCAGAAAAUGAGAUGACCUUUGGCGUCCUGCACAUAAAGGGAAAGCGUCCAUGCAUUGAGCCAACCGUCGACCACUCAGGCAGCCAUGUUAAGUGGAAUGUGACGUCCCUAUCCCCCGUGGGUCCCAUCAUUCGGACCACUCAGCCUGUGGACCGCCAUGGAGUGGUCCUGGUUUACAAACAGCUUGGCAGUUCUCCUCACAACUACAGCUUCCACAUAUACCUGGCCGCGAACAGCACAUCCGACAUUAAGGAUAUAAGCAAACAGGUGCAGGCUUGCAAAAAUCGCUACAUCAAGAUAGACAAGCCCCCCACGUGUAAACUGGACGAAGGGACGUAUCGUCUCCUGAGCGAGCCGGAGGGGGAGAUCAAACCUCAGGAGUUGAACUUCACUGUUGCAGUGACCAAGAUGAAGGGCUACUUUGAAGCUUUCUUUGAACAGCCGCCUCCUUUUAAAUUGGAGCUGAUAGAAGCUAACACACAGGAGCUUGUGUGGUCUGCGACCAUCAGAGAAGGUGACUGUGUAGAGGACACUAAAAAGAAGCCAAGGAAGCGGACUUACUCAGACAGAAAGAGGAGCAGCAGCCCAUCAGAAGAAGAGGGAUACCUUAAAAGACCUCGAUGGAGAGAUGAGUCAGAUGGGGUUAAACAGUACCAGAGCCUGUCGGAGAAGCAGCUGCUGCUGGUGGCCAAUCAGCUCGGGAAGGAGUGGAAACAGGUGGCCAUCCUUCUGGACUGGACCUCUAAAGAGCUGGACGACAUCCAGGCAGCAGAGAAGGAUGUGGGGAUGCAGAAGCUGAAGAUGCUGGUGGGGUGGAAGAGCAAAAGAAAGCCUGGAGAAGCUACAGCCUACAACCUGUGGAAUAGCAUUAAAGACCUAGUCUUACCUAAUGAGCUCUAUCAGAAACUGCGAGAAAUGGACAGCCGAAUAGAAUAGUGAACGCCCAUGGACUCCAUGAACUGCUGCUUAGCUGUUGCCUGAUCAAAAAAAGGCGACAGACUUCAAGAGUGCUGCAAAGCAGAGCCCACCUGUGGACCAAACAUCCUUUUUUCUCUCUUUUGUUUAAACUUUGAAUGAAUGAAGAGUUUUUCAGGGAAAGAAAACACAACCAACUUAACGUUUUACAUUCCAAUCAUGUUAAAAUGAAGUGUUUCGUUUCUGUAACAACUACAGAAUAGAGAUGCGUGCGUUACGGUACCUUUGUGUAACCAGGUUCAAAAGCAGAGACCUCUGGAAGACGGAGGUCAUUCCAAAUACUCGGUAGCUAAUUGUGUAGCCAAUUGUGGGUACAGAUCCUGCAACAGGAAAAUUUCCAAUCUGGAAAUAUUAUUUUGAUUUUGGAGAAAUUUUAUCAAAAUGAAAAAAAAAGUCAUAAUUUUUCUAAUACAGACUGAAUUAUGGAACUAUUUUAUGUCUGACAAAUAUGUUUAUUUGUAAAAUGUUACAAGUGCACAUCUUUUUAUAUAGCAAUCCAUUUUUUUACAUCAGUAGUUUAUUUUUUUAAAUGUUUUUGUGUGCACACAUGUUUUGUUUUAUACUUUUGUAAAAGCUGCAAAAGGUUCAAAUGAGUUUUUCAUGUUUUGACUUGAAUCAGGAAGUGCUUCCUGCUCCUCUGCCAUCACUAUGAUGCACAAGUCUAGUUUGCAAACUAUAAUCAUGCACAUUGUAGAGUAAAGUGAAAAUAAAGUUAGCUUCUGUUGAAGUAAAAUGCAUCUAAAAUUUGAAAUUGUCACAUUUUUCGAUAAACAUUUUUUAGUGACAGAUGCACUAAGAAACAAACGUAAAUGUAAAUCUUCUAAAACCACUAAUUCGUAGUUUGGGAUCUUCCAAACAAAACUCAGGAUUUAUUAUUAUUUUAUUAUUCCAGUUUUCUUAAAGCAAUGAAGAAAAAAACGAAUAGAAUAUCAAAUCUCUGUUUUGUGUUCAUUUACCCAACAAAGGGAAGUUAGAACUCUGCAAAAAAGAAAUGAAUAAAUGCAAUGCUUUAGCAAAAACUUGCAGGGACUGUUUUACAUUUGACUCCAGAAUGAUCCCUAUUUGACAUUUAACGUCACUCAUUUUGUGGGAUUUGGCUAUUUUUGUGCCUUUUAUGUUUUGUUUUGUUUGUAGAACCCCUUUGGCAUUAUAAUAAUCAGGGAAAAGACUGCACUCAAAGGUUGCUAUACAUUUUGUUUUACAUCAUCUUGGAUGUUUUGCUCUGUCUAAUGUUUUCCUGAUGAAUUUUAUUUUUUUCUCGUUCUCAUCUAGAGGUGCUACAACCUUACUUGUCCCAGCUAUUCUUAAACGAGUCGGUUGUGUGCAGCAUUGUUUAUACGUUGUUCAUCAAAUUCAUCUUUUCCCAGGAAACAAAUAAACAUUUCUACAACUGAA